AUGAAAAUGGCUCAGUGUGAGAAAAGCUUUCAAGAGAGUGUGAAACAAAUUUGUGAGGAAGCUGAGAAGAAAUCCAAAGAGAAUAUAAGAAUUGAAUGUGAACGUGUGCAGCAGGAGGUGAGCCAUGCCAAGGAUAGAGAAAGAGAAUUGUUGCUUCAGCAGAUGGACUUUGAGAAGAGGCAAGAGAUGAAGGCCAUUCAUGACAGGUGGUCAAAAGAAGAACAACAAAUGCAAAAUGAGAUAUCUUCACUGCAGAAUGAAUUGCAGCAAAUGUCCAGUGUGUGGUCAGCAAAAUUGGAAGAAGAAAAAGCCAAGAUUCGCAUGGAAGCUGAUCAGCUGGAGAAGACGAGUCAAUUAACUGUUUCAAAUCUGGUGGAGGACAUAAAGCAAUUAGAAAAAUCGCAUGAAGAGUCCGUGGCCAGACUGAUGGAUCAACAUGAAGCUAAUAUUAAGGAAAUGCAAGAGAGUCAACUGUCUGAACACAAAAAUGCCAUUGAAGCAUUACAGAUUGCCCAUCAAGCUGUCUUGAAUCAACUCAAAGAGGAACACUGCCAAGCCCUGAAAUUGCAACAGGAACAGCUACAACAGGAAUAUGAGCAAAACAAAGAGUUAUUGAAGGAACAGUUGUACCAGAAACAUCGUCAGGAGUUGUGUCACCAAAUUGAAAUCCAAGUGAAAGAAAUGGCAGCAAUAAAAUCGGAUCUGGACCAAUUGGCAGAAAUCUCCAAGAAGAAGGAGAGAGACUAUUUGCAAGACACGGAUAAAUUGAAAGAAGAGAUUGAAAAGAAGGAAAAAUAUGUCAAGAAUUUGAAAUGUGAAGUGGAGAAGUUGCAGCAGACCACUGAUCAGUUGUUGUCAGAAUUGGAUGCCAAAAAGAAAGAUUUGGCUGAUACCAAGAUUGAACAACAGUUGCAAUUGGAGCAGAUGGAAGAUAGACUGAUCGCCAACGCAGAGAAAGAGAAAGAAAAUAUUAAAGAGGAUCAUAUUCAAGAAAUGCAUCAACUGGUUUCGGAAUUCAGUCGGGCUCAGCAGUUGCUGAAAAAUAAAAUAUCAGUCCUUAACAUGGAAUUGUUGCAGUCUGAGGAACGAUAUAAGAACAGAGAAUCGCGAGCUGAAGAUUUGGAAGAGAUAUGCCGACUUCGGAACACCAUAACUGAUAGAGAGACACAGAUGAAAAAGUUUCAGGAGGAAAAAAGGUUCUUCCAAAUGGAAUUGAUUAAUCGAGAAACAAAUUUCAAUAAAAUCUUUGGUUCAACUCCACAAGUUGGUGUGAUAAAUCCUUUGAACAAGAAAACAAAGGGUGGAGAAAAGAUUUUAAGGAAGUUUACAAGUGCUCCAAGCCUUCAGCAGUCACUGCACAAUAGGUUGGAACACUUGCCAGGUUCACCCGUCCAUGAGGAACACCUGAAUCCCAUCAGACCUUUGCCUCCAAUGCCACCAUCAGCUAAGAAGUAUGUCAAGUGA